GCAUAGCUAUAUAUGCACGCUUGAAUGAUUUCAAAAAAGGCAACUCCUAGUUUAUGUUUUUCCAAUUCAUUCAGGGAGGAGGCUGUGUGUUUUCGGCGUGACAAUCUUUGCUUCAGUGUAGUCUUCUGUAGUGUGACAUCCAGCUAGUGAAUCACAUGAACUUCUGCCUGUUUUAAUACGCGAGUUUCGGGGCAAUUUUGGCCGAAAGUCAUCAUGAUCGCCUCACGGAUAUUGGUGCUGGCUAUCGCCGUUGUGGCACUUACCCCUGUUGUGCACUGCCAAACGUACAACUUGAAAGAAACGUCUUAUACAGUUCUGGAGAACGCGACCCAUGUCAUUGUUGAGAUCACUCGCUCUGGGCCAGUCGAUGUAGCGACAAGUGUCUUGGUGACCACCCUGCCCGGCACAGCAUCGAGCCCAGGGGAUUAUACUGUUUUAAACCAGCAACGGGAAUUCAUCAUGAACUCCAGGUCCCUGACUGUCCGGAUUGACAUCAUGGACGAUGACCUGCGCGAGCAGGACGAGUAUUUCUUUAUCCAGAUAUCCAACCUCUCGAAUGCCGACACGAUCGGAUCUAAUUCAAUGGCCAAUAUCACCAUUCUGGAUGACGAUGCUGAGUUCAAAUUUGAGAGGAGUUCGUAUCCAUUAGUCAGUGAGUCCGAAGGCAGCAUCACCAUUGCCGUUGUUAGGGAUGGUUACCUCAACAAAGAAGCCAACGUCUAUAUUUCUACAUCGGAGGGUGACCACAACGACGCUACCAGGGCGACGCCGGGCGUGGACUUCAACCGCCUAGUGGAGACACGACUGCAGUUCCUUGCCAAUUUGGCCAGGAUCGAAGUGGUGGUGGGGAUCAUACAGGACCAGACUCCCGAGGAAACGGAAUUGCUGGACGUGCAGAUCGUGCGGGUUGAUGGCGGGCAAGUGGGGAACCCUUCUUCCACCACUCUCUCAAUUUCUGACGAUGACGUGGAAUACGCAAUAGCACAGGAGUCUUUCUCUACGAAGGAGAGUCCAGGUUCAACACAGAUUAUUGUGACAAUUACCAGGAGAAUCAACACAAAUGACAGAAGUACCAUUUGGGUGUACACAGAAGACGGCACAGCCACCGCAAGCAGCCGGGACUACAUUGUGUACAGCAACAGGGUGGAAUUCCUCCCGGGUGCGUCCAGCGCGACGGUCACCAUCACAGUACUGGAUGACAAUGAGUACGAGCCUGUACCAGAGGUUUUCUAUGUCGGCAUCCGAGACCCCGAGCCCAGCGGCUUUGUGCUGGCCGGCGCGAGCAAACGGCCCAUCACCAUUGAAGACAAUGAAUCUAUUUUCUCAUUGUUGAAGACCGCAUACACUGUCAAAGAAUCUGACGAGUCUGUUACUGUUGAGAUAAGGCGUACAGGGGAUCAGUCUCAGCAGACUAGUGUGCGUGUACGAUCCAUUGCGGUCAGCGCCACCGCAGGGCAGGACUAUGCCAAUGUGGAUCAGGAGCUCACCUUUGCUGCCAACCAGGUGGGCGUGAACCUAGUGAUUUCCAUCCUCAACGACGAUGUGACCGGGGAGGAAGAUGAGGUUUUCAUCGUGGAGCUGUACCAGGCGUCAAUCAGUAUCCUGGACAGCGACAAGUCAUCGGCGCGGAUCACCAUCCAAGACAGCCCCAGGCUGAGUACCCUAGCUAUUGUCCUGAUCGCUGUCGGCUGUGCCAUCUUUGUCAUCCUGAUCCUCAUCAUGCUUCUGUGCUGCUGCGCAUUCAUGAGACCCAGUGGUCCUAGAGAGCCUUUCUACUACGACCGGGGGCGCCGCGGCGUACCAGGGGUGGACUUUCCCCAGGAGCAAUCUGCCCGCGGACCGGUGGUCACUCACAUUCCGGACGAGCUGGAUGACAGACGCCGGGAGCGUCAGGACUGGCCGCACCGUCGCAGUGAAAGACGCAUCAACGGUUCCGCCAUCCAAAACGGAGGACCACGGAUCACUGAGUUGAAUGAACGCGACCAUGAACCACGCCGGGAAUCCAACCGCCAUGCGUCCAAUGACCAGCCCCCGCCACCGCCCCCUCCCGCUCAGGAACGCCUUCCAGAGGGAAGAAACGAACCUGAACCAUCCACGGAUCGCCAUGGGGAGUCAUCUGAUCCUCGUCGCACUCGAUCCAUGUUCAACCCCCAGGGUGAAAGAGAGCCCUACUGGGCAAAGGCCCGUCACUCCUACCACUCCUCACCCAACCACUAUGGAUAUUUCUGAGCUGGAUUUUCUGCAGGUUUUCAUUUCAAAUGAAAGCCUUAUUUUCUCAUUUUGAAGACAUCAUUUAGUCUAUCCAUUUCUACAAAGGCAAACAUUUUUUUUCUUGUGAGUGCUCCAGUUUACUGAAUUUUUUAUGGUAUGGGAAAAGUAUGAUUCAAUUGAGUGAAUUACAGUUCAGACAUUUAGGUUGGGGCAGGGAGGAUAUCAGAACAAAUUGUGAAAGAAAUGAAAUUGUGUUAAAACUUGCAUCUCGGGAAUCGUCCUUGUUAGGAGGGAAUUGAACAAGGAAACGUAAGCAUCGAUGCAGUCAUACAAUAUGGGAUUUUAGUUGCAACUUGAAGGAUUGUGAAGACCAAUCAAGUCACAAAGUGAAAGCAAUCCUUAUGUAAAAUAUUUUUUAUUGUGGAAAUGGUUAUAAAAUAGGUGUUUUUGGUAAACAAUACUCAGUGUAUUAUGGAACUUUGUACAGAAGAUUUGGAACUGAAUUCGAAUUGAAGCAAAAGUAGGAACAUAGUGGAUCAAAGAAGGAAUACGGUGUGAGAAAUGUUAUCCCAAUAUCUUAUUUUGCGGUGUAUAUAUUUUGAUUGUUAAUGAUAUUAAUUGGGGCAGUAAUGAUGUGUAAUCUUAAGAACCAUCAUGGUGGAUAUGUGCACCUUUCAAUGUGCACAUUGUGAUUAUAAUUAUGUAUGUUUAUAUUUUAAAUAUAUAUAUAUAACCAACAGUAAAUUAUCAUUUAGUUGUUAGAUGCUGUAUAGAAUACUGGAAUCUGGCGACCAGAAUUAGAAGCUUUUUAGUGCGGUGGUGUUACGCUCACGUGCAUGCUGCAGGCGUUCUUAAAGAUGAGGCGCACGCAUGUUGGUAUUCCUAUUGGUCGUAGGAGCCCGAAGCGCGUGUGCCCUAACUGAGCGCAACUCGCACAAGCCUUGCGCCCCCGCAGAAAUGGCUGCCGACGGAUUAUUCUAUAGGACACACUCAUUCUUGUAGGCGGACUACUAGGGUCCUGAAUACAUUUGUACAUUCACAGCUUCAGACAUCUCUGGUAUUUUUGUGGAAUUUUCAUCAGAGUUAUGUCUUUUUCCAAUGCAAAACAAUAGAACCAUUUGUGACCGAACAAGAAAUUGCUGCACAAAGCUUUCUUUACCAUUUUGUUAUAUUGGACUGUACCAACUCUUUAGAAAUCAGAUGUUAUUAUAAAGAGCAAAUUUGAAACCUUGAAUACAUAAACAUUUUGAUACAAACAAUAUGCUAAAUGUGGUUGUGGGACAAUCAUGCAGUAAAACAAAAUUGGAUUGGUGAUGGAUUUGGGGAAAUUUACAAUUCUUGCAUUUAUUUACUUUUUACUUGUUUUCUAUAUAUUAAUUGUACACAAAUGUAUAUUUAUGCAUGUUUUAUUGGAGGAAAUUGUAAAAAAAAAAAAAUUAAUGGGAAAUAAAAUAUGGAAUGCCUAGUCUGUGUUAA